AUGGCGUCUCCGAAGCUUCCCGUUCAGGUAUUCAACCCUAAUGGAAGGUUCCGCGUGGUUUCCACGAAGCCUAUGCCCGGGACCAGCUGGAUUGACGCGCUAGUUGCCGCGGAUUGCCGGCUUGAGAUCUGCACGGCGAGCAAGACGAUUCUGUCGGUGGACGACAUCCUGCAGCUCAUCGGCGACAGAUGCGACGGCGUCAUUGGCCAGCUGACGGAGGACUGGGGCGAGCGGCUGUUUGCGGCGCUGGCGCGCGCGGGCGGGCGGGCGUACAGCAACAUGGCGGUGGGGUACAACAACGUCGACGUGGACGCCGCUACCAGGCACGGCAUCAGCGUCGGCAACACCCCCGGGGCUCACGCCACACCGCCUCCUUCUUACCCCCGUUCUCCCACCCGCUUCCCCCAUCUCCCCUUUCUCCCCCCCUCCCCCGCUUCCUCCCCCUGCCCUGCAGGUUCAUCGGCAACCUGCUCAAGGCGGAGGCAGACGGUGGGCAUCAUUGGCGCAGGGCGCAUUGGCAGCGCCUAUGCGCGCAUGAUGGUGGAGGGCUUUAAGAUGAACCUCAUCUACUACGACCUGUACCAGUCCAAGCGCCUGGAGGAGAGUGUUUCCGCCUAUUCCCGCUUCCUCCAAUCCCAGGGCGAGCCGCCAGUGACGUGGCGCAGAGCGUCCACUCCUGAGGAGGUGCUGCAGGUUGCUGACGUGGUGUCUCUACACCCUGUACUCGAUAAGACCACCUUCCACCUGCUGGAUGAGAGACGGCUCAACAUGAUGAAGAAGGACGCCAUACUGGUGAACUGCAGCAGGGGCCCGGUGGUGGACGAGGUGGCGCUGGUGAGGCACCUCAAGGCCAACCCCGCCUUCAGAGCCGCGCUUGACGUGUUCGAGGACGAGCCACUGAUGAAGCCGGGUCUCUCCACGCUGCCCAACGUGGUCGUGGUGCCGCACAUCGCCUCCGCCUCGCAGUGGACGCGAGCUGGCAUGGCUGCCCUCGCUGCUCUCAAUGUCGCCUCAAAGCUACAGGGCUACCCCGUGUGGCACAACCCCAAUGACGUGCUGCCCUUCCUCGACCCCACCCGCCCGCCACCCAAAGCAUGCCCCAGCAUUGUCAACGCCAAGCAGCUAGGCCUGCCCACAACCACUCCUUCCAAGCUGUGA